UUGGGUUCGGGAACCUGAGAGAUCAAUCACUGUCCGGUUGCUUCUUUUUAUUGGGAUUUCAGCACUUUAAUAAUCAAUAACUUCCACAGAGGCUGCUUUAAAAACCUCUCGAGCAUAUCUACCGCUCGCGACGCUCUUCAUAUAGCAGCAAACUGUCGCUUAGCAACAACGUUUUACUGCUUUUACCCGUUCGCUCGCCUCGUCGAGAGGUCCGAAGGUUAAAAUCAAACGGCUGAAGCCUACUACGGAAGCUCGCGCGGUCAAAGCUAAGCUAACGGGACGAGCGAACCGGAGCAAACGGUCAUAAAAAAAAAACCAACAACAUAGUUUUUUUUUUUUUUUGUUCUCUGAACUGUUUAUCGUCAACAGCAGCAGUACAACAGCUCAGGGUCCGUUAGUCUAGCUACUUUUGACCGGCUAACGGUCAACGGUCGGCUAACGGUCGGCUAACUGUUCCUGUGUUUGUUUACUGUCAGAAGUUAACGGUUCAGCCGCCUCCGGUGCAUGCAGCUAACGUCACGGCGAUGACAGUUACGUUUAGGCACCAAAACGACUUAGUCAAGUUUAGGAAAAAUAUCGUGGUUUGGAUUAAAACACCCCUGCGUUUCUUGGGUGAAAGCAUUAAAACGAAAUAAUUAUGUUAGCCUAGAUUUUGCUCAACUUCCGGCCGUAGCUGUAUCCCUUUUUAAGUUUGUAUUUUUCCAUUGCUGUAUCCCUUCUAGCCACAACCCUCCGUGUGUGUUUGUGACGUCUCCGUUUAGCUGCAGUGUCAGUUAUGAUCUUAUAUAUUUGUCAAUGGUUAUGACGUGUAAAAUGGUUUAAAGACGUUAUAAGCUAUCCGCGUGAACGGCUAGAAAGAUGCCCGACAGCGGGUUCAGCUGGACGGUGGUGGUCCUGACCUGCCAACACAAAGACAGCGUCUACUCCUUCCAGAGAGAGCUGGAGUUGCGGCAGCAGCGUGGGUCCCUCUCUCGGGGUGCGUUGGUUUUGACGGUGCGGGACCGCCAGGAGCCGCUGGGCAGCGGGGGGGCGACCCUGAACGCCCUGCUGGUCGCUGCCGAACACCUGAGCAGCCGAGCGGGACACACGGUGGUGACAGCUGACGUCCUGGACGAAGCUCACAUCCUCAUCCUCCACUCGGGCCGGGACUUCCCCUGGAGCUCCUGCAGCCGAGCGUUCUGCUGGCUGCCCUCAGAGAGACCCGAGCACCAGAACCAGGUCCAGAACCAGGUCCAGGCCCCGUUCUGUGUCCUGGACCUGGUUCUGGACCGGCUCAGCACCCAGAUCUGUCCCGGCUCCCCCCCCGGGGUCUGGGUCAGCAGCACCGACGCCAUCCUGCACCUCCCACCGGACCUCGUUCUGUCCUGGGACCGGUUCUCUGGAGUUCGGGUUUUGGCGUUGCCGGGCGACCUCUCCUACGCAGCCAAUCACGGAGUCUACCUGUCCGACCAACAGGGGCAGGUCAGGGACAUCAUCUACAAGGGAUCAAAGGAGCAGAUUCAACAGGCUGUGAUGCAUGAUGGGAAAGUGCCACUGGUCUCUGGUCCGGUCUUCUUCAGCAGCUCUGUAUCAGAGAAGCUGCUGCAGACUCACGUCACUCCUCCGCUGGAUGGCUGUACCUACCUGGGCCUGGACUCUGGAGCUCCACCCAUCCAGGUGUCUCUCUUCCUGGACCUGUUGAAGUGUCUCUGCUCAGAUCUGACCCAGGAUCAGUUUGUGAGUGAGGACCGAGCUGGCUGUAGUUCACCUGUUGGACCCCAGGGUGCAGCAGUGAGGAGCAGCCGGGCCGAGCUGUGGAGGAUCCUCAGAGGAGCUCGGCUCAGUCUGGUUUACGUCCCCGGCGGUCGCUACGACUACCUGACUCUGUCCGGGAAACGUCACGUGGAGCGGCUGAGCUGUGAUUGGACGGACAGAAACACACUGUCUCACAUCCAGAGAGAGGGCGCGGUGGCCGAGGGGGGGCGGGUCAUCAACGGCGUGCUGGAGGGAGACGUCGCCGUGGCGACCGGAGCGGUGGUGCAACACUGCCACCUGCAGGGUCCUCUGGAUGUCCCGUCAGGUUGUUUACUGUCCGGUCUCGGGCCGAUGACAUCACAGUGUGUCAGGGCGCUGCAGCUGACCGAUGACAUCAUCGUCCAGGGACAUCGGAUCGAGCUGGGGAACGUCUCCUCCGAUGACAUCUGCUCCUCCUUCCUGAACCAGAGAUGGAGUCUCUUCUUCAGCAGAACAGGAAUCCAGCCGGAGGAGUUGUGGGUGCGGGGGGAGCAGCGCUCCCUGCUGGCGGCGCGUAUGUUCCCGGUCCUCCACCCGAGAGGAGGUGCUGUGGGUCUGCAGGAGGGGGUGGGCUGGCUGCUCGGGGGGGCCGGCUGUCUGCAGCGCUGGAGGGAGGCGUGGCGGCUCUCUCUGCAGGAAGUGAUGUCACUCACCUGCCAGGAGGCGGAGCUCCGGUGGAGGGAGGAGCUCCUGUAUCUGGCGGGGAGGAGGAGAGCGACCGACGCGCUGAGGAGUCGCACCGACGCCUGUCUGCUGCCUUGCUUCAGGGCCGCGGUGCUGGGAGGACAGCAGGAGGCGCUGCUGCACACGCUGGACACCAUUGCAGCAGGAAGCAGUACGCCGGGGGCGGAGCUAGGGGCGGAGCCGGGGGCGGAGCUAGGCGUGGCUGCUCGCUGCCUGUCCUGCAUCGCGACGUGUUGGUGUGCAUGGCGGGGGAGGGGGGGCCUGAGGAGCGGGCCGGCCGCCAAGGCCUGGAGGUCAGCCUACUCCCUAUUGGAGGAGGGAAACCUGAGGGGCGGAGUCACAGCGCUGGCGCACAGAGAUCAUUGGCUGAGCAGGCCGGACCUGCUGGUUCGGGCGGCUCGGCACUACGAGGGCGCCGGACAGGUGCUCCUACGACAAGCCGUGAUGUCAUCGCAGAGGUUCAUCUCCAUUGGCCAGGGGGAGGUCCCGCCCCUUGAGGAGUGGCAGGAAGUGGAGUGUCCGGCCAGACUGGACCUGGCAGGCGGCUGGAGCGACACGCCACCGAUCGCCUUCGAGCAUGGCGGCUCCGUGACCAACGUGGCGGUGAGGGUCGAUGGGAAGCGUCCGAUUGGAGCGCGAGCCCGACGCAUCAGAGAGCCCCGCCUCCUAUUGGUCAGCCACGCUGGCGGGCGGGACAGCGGGGUUUCCACGGAGACGGUGUGCGACAGCCUGGACGACCUGAAGGACUGCUGUCAGCCACACGCACCAGGAGCCCUGCUGAAGGCGGUGUGUGUGUGCAGUGGUCUGGUGUCUCUCUCCUCCCAGCAUGCUCUGGGUGAUCAGCUGAUGCAGCGGUGGGGGGGAGGUGUGGAGCUCCACAGCUGGUCGGUGCUGCCCACCGGGUCUGGACUCGGUACCAGCAGCAUCCUGGCAGGGGCGCUGUUGGCUGCAGUCUACAGGUGUACGGGUCGAACCUACGACACGGACUCCCUGAUCCAUGGCGUCCUGUACCUGGAGCAGAUCCUCACCACAGGUGGGGGCUGGCAGGACCAGGUGGGGGGGCUGGUGGGCGGAGUCAAGGUGGCUCGCUCCAGACCGUCUCUGCCGCUGCAGGUGGAAGUGGAACGUCUCAGUCCUCCGCACGACUUCCUGUUGUCUCUGGAGGAGCACCUGCUGCUGGUUUACACCGGCAAGACUCGGCUGGCUCGCAAUCUGCUGCAGGUAACUUUACUGUUUACAUUGUGA